UAGAAAACAAAGCUAAGAACACCGAUUUCAAACGUUGUUGCAGAAGACAAUGUCAUUCUCAUUCCUCGCAGUGAGAAAUUAUAACAAAAGCAGGUAAGUAAGGAUUUAGAAAUCAAGAAAAAGAUAAUAAAACACAUCACGUUCUCCAUUAUUCAAAUCACGAAUAUAGCUGGCCAUGCUUCCACUCCAAUGCACCAUCAUCAUCAACCGCCACAAAAUGCCUACUUACUUCGCCGCCGUCAUCACUAUUCUCCUCCUCUUCCCGGCGGCUACUUCCCAAGCCCAGAUUCUCCAAAAGGAAACCCACAAUUUCGGUCCCUUCAACCAAUCCUACUUCAACAUCUUUGAGAUCAUUCCCUCUGCCGCCAUCAACUUCGGCGCUCUCCAAGUAACUCCCGACAGCACCGGCAACGUCUCCCUCAACAACUUCUCCGGCAGAGUCUUCUUCAUCAACCCCUUCAAACUCUGGGACGAUAACGACAUCAACGGGAAACUCGUUUCGUUCAACACUUCCUUCCUCGUCAACGUUUUCCGACCCAAAAACGACACUCCCGGCGAAGGCAUAACCUUUCUCAUCGCUCCUUCUCUUUCCGUCCCUCUCAACAGUUACGGCCAGUUCCUCGGCCUCACCAACGCCUCCACCGACGGUAACAGAACCAACCAAAUCGUCGCCGUCGAACUUGACACCGUCAAGCAGGACUUCGACCCCGACGACAACCACAUCGGGCUUGACAUUAACGGCGUUCACUCCAACGUUACCGUUUCUCUGUCACCUUUGGGGUUCGAGAUCGCCCCGAACGACACGCGCUUUCACGUGCUGUGGGUGCAGUAUGACGGUGACCGGAAGGUUAUCGACGUGUACAUGGCGGAGCAGGGUGAUAAGGACGCUCCUAUAGUAGCGAAACCAGCGAAGCCGAUUUUAAGUUCGGGUCUUGAUCUGAAAGAGGUGGUGAAUCAGGUUUCGUAUUUUGGGUUCUCUGCUUCAACCGGAGACACCGUUGAGUUGAAUUGCGUUCUCAAGUGGAACAUUUCUAUUGAGAUUUUUCCUGAAAAGGGUGGGAAUGGAAAUGCGUUGAAGAUUGGUUUGGGUGUUGGGGUGCCUUUGGUGCUUCUUCUUGUGGUUGGUGUUGUUGGGUUGGUUUACUGGUUACGUAAGAAGAAUAGGAAAAGUGACCCUCAGAUUUUGGGAACGCUUAAGAGUCUUCCUGGAACACCCAGGGAGUUUAGGUUUCAGGAAUUGAAGAAGGCUACCAAUAAUUUCGAUGAGAGGCAUAAGCUUGGACAGGGUGGAUACGGUGUCGUUUAUAGAGGGACACUUCCCAGGGAGAAAUUGGAAGUGGCUGUUAAGAAGUUCUCUAGGGAUAAGAUGAAAAGCACCGAUGAUUUCUUGUCUGAACUCACCAUUAUCAAUCGUCUCCGUCAUAAACAUCUUGUUCGAUUAUUGGGAUGGUGCCACAAAAACGGGGUAUUGCUCUUAGUGUACGAAUACAUGCCUAAUGGAAGCUUGGACAACCACAUUUUUUGUGAGGAAGGGAGCAGCACGACCCCACUAAGUUGGCAUCUAAGGUACAAGAUCAUAUCAGGGGUGGCUUCUGCAUUGAAUUAUCUACAUUACGAGUAUGAUCAAACAGUGGUUCACAGAGACCUUAAAGCCAGCAACAUCAUGCUGGACUCGGACUUCAAUGCUCGUUUAGGUGACUUUGGCUUGGCACGUGCACUGGAGAACGAGAAAACAUCAUAUGCAGAAUUGGAAGGAGUGCAUGGCACCAUGGGGUACAUUGCACCUGAAUGCUUUCACACGGGUAAGGCCACAAGGGAAUCGGAUGUUUAUGGGUUUGGAGCAGUGCUCCUUGAGGUUGUGUGUGGUCAAAGACCAUGGACAAAGAUUGAGGGGUAUCAGUUCUUGGUGGAUUGGGUGUGGCACUUGCAUCGUGAGGGAAGGAUACUAGAGGCAGUGGAUCCAAGACUUGAGAAUGACUAUGUGAUUGAAGAUGCUGAGAGGAUUUUGAAAUUAGGACUUGCUUGUUCUCAUCCUACUGCUAGUGAGAGACCUAAGAUGCAAACAAUUGUUCAGAUCAUAUCUGGGUCAGUGAAUGUGCCUAAUGUGCCACCAUUCAAGCCAUCUUUUGUGUGGCCAGCUGUGGAUCUUGGAAGCCUUUUAAGUGACUUUACAGCAACUAGCACAUCUGAGUACACACCCGUUGACAGUUACACACAAUCUAUGAAUGUUGAAUUCUCUGAUAGCAGCUCUCUGGUUUAAAAUUUGCUUUCCACUAUGGAUUCCAAUUCCAUCCUCUCUCUUUUUUUCCUGUGUCUGUAUGUUGGUCAGCCCUUCUACUUACUAAGUUAAAUUUUCUUCCUAUGAAAUAAUGGAAGAAAAUUUCUUCAGACGCUUUUUAGUUAUUUUAAUUUGACUUGAUUUUUAAGCAAUGGGGUAUAGAUUCUUUUAGUUUUCUUUUUCCUUCUAAUUUUUGUUGGAAAGGAAUGAAAUUGGGGUGCAACUCUGUAAAUUUUUAUGAAAUAUCUUAAUUCAGUGCUUGUUUUUG